UGUUUAUGGCUACAGAGGACUGAGGAACACUUUGCUGAUGUUUCCUACAAAUCUUUUCAAGGUUUUCCCCUUUGAUGACAUGUUCGAUUCCGGAGACCUGAGGUCUGAUCUGAUAGUCAGUCGUCAUGUUCUUGACAGCCUUUUGGCAGACAUGAAGGGCCAGCAGUUCCACGGCCUCAAAAUCCCAGUCGUUUUGGCACACGAUGACAUUUAUCGUCGGCUGUCUGAGGGAGCCCCCUCAGGUGUCCAAAGACGAUUCGCCAGGGCCAUGGAGCUCUAUGCUCUCGGCGUCGCACAGCACGUCGAAGACUUUACAGAAAGCGGUCUGCCUUCGCCGCAGGAGAUGCUGGAGACGCGCCGGCUGUCUGUCGGUGUCGCGCCUUUAUAUCACCUGGUCGAAUACGCCCACUCGAUACGCCUGCCUGACGAGGUUUUUGAGGAUCCUGCGAUACAGACACUGGAGCGGCUUGGGGCCGACAUGGUCAUUAUGUCCAAUGAUAUGUUGUCCUACCGCAAGGAGGAGAGCGAAGGAUGCCCUUUUAAUAUGGUGGCAGCCUGUCGAAUGUCAGGACAGUCCGCUCAGGAGGCGUUCGACACCGUAGGUGCUCUGCUCGAAGAGAGUUACUGCGAGUGGGAGGAAACGGUGAGGCAGGUCCCGACCUGGGGCGGAGAUGUCGGACGCGAUGUUCAACGCUACAUCAAGGGGAUCCAAAACGUCGUCCAAGCCAACACUACCUGGAGUUUUCGAUCAAAGCGAUACCUUGGCGUCCUUGCUUUCGAGGUUCGAAGGACCAGAAGGUUCGACGUGAUGACACAGCCUCCAUAUUUAGACAAAGACAUGGCGAGUUCAGAUAAACAGCCAACGACUGGGUAAAAAAAAAAGGUUGACUUGGUAAGCGCCUUUUUUCUUAGAGACGGUGUAAAAACGGUGGGAAUAAAAAGAAAAGUGGAUCAUGGGGUUCAACUAUUUAUUAGAAUAGAAGCCCAAACCUUUCCCGUGUCUUGAUACGAUGGGAGUUGUUUGCACCAAAGCCAAGUAACUAUAGAAAUCAUUUUGAGAUAUGACCUAGUCUAGUGCCUAUGCGGGCAGCCAGGGUGGGGAAAAAAAAGCUUAGAGAUUGUGCUUUUAGAGUUAUUUCUCUCUUUUGCUUUGGUUGCAAGGCUACGAAAAAGCAAAUCAAAGAAAGAGGCGGCGUCUUGGUGGGAAAUCCCAAUGUCUUGGCAAGUAGUCAGGAGAUUUACCUCUGGGUUUGACCUCAAGACUAUUUAAUGUGUCUUGUUGAGCUCUGUAUUGGUAGAUAGAUGUUAUGAGAGUUGCAAAUCCCCGUCAAUCGAAUAGGCAGACUGCACAGUACUCAGCACCCAAGUGUGUUGCUUACGGGUAUCUCGCCUGAAGAGUACAUACUGCAAGGGCCGUUUGAUGGUAUUUGG